CUCAACUCAACGACACAUAUGUUGUCAUGACCGGAGUCGCCGUUCUGAGGAUUCCAGCAGUUCGGUGCUUUCACUUUUCCGUUCAGCAGAUGCUCAUAUCCCGUCUUCGAUAUGAGUCAUAACGAUUUUCACAAAUUCCCCUAUCAAGCUCGCUCAAUUCGGAGCUGCGAGUGCCAUCUGAGGGCAUUUUGAGUAAUGUUCCUUCCUUAGUGUCCUCUGCCUGAGUAUAAGAGGAUCGUUUGCGCACUCCUUCUCGCAUUCUCAGCACACGACUUAUGCUUUUCAACUCGUUCCUGAGUCUUCUUGCUAUUGGUGUGGCUGUUGCAGACCGAGUAGUGGUUUACUCGGAUCCGGUAAGCGGUAAUGUAAACGAGGGAUCUCUAGGCUAUGCCUACAAGCAGGUGUCUGCAACAUACACCGCAACAUCUUCACGGACCGCAGUCACCUUUUUGACGCGGCACGAUCCUCGUUACUUCUAUUACGAUGACUUUUCCUUCUCCGUUUCAGGCCAGAUCAACGGCACAAUCAACCUACUUGCCAACCCAGGUUUCGAGUCUGGCUCCUUCUCUCCAUGGGUGCUUGUCGGACAGCAAGGCUUGAGCGCAGCUGCCCAGGUGACCCGGUCGAGGUCGCACACUGGAGUCUGGUAUGUGCGGGAUGGUGCGGUCGGGGGUAUUGAUGGUGUUUCGCAGUUGGUGGACACAAUACCAGGACAGCUCUACGAUUUUUCUUUCUGGAUAGCUGCUGAUGCUGGUCGUCCAGCGCUGGGUCAAGUUGUUCUGUCCUCCUUUGAUCCCCAACAAUCUCGCUCCCUGGUACGUCUGAUUCUGGUGACUCAAACUCUGAUCGCAUCACCAAUACCAUCACCGUGUCCGGUGGUGCUCCCGCUGGGCAGGCCAUUACGAUCUUCUUAGGCGACGGUACACAGGUUGGCACCACUACGACAGGACUGGACAAUACCUAUUCGUUUCGGGUCAACACAGCAGGCUUCCCCGCCGGCAACUU